GCGCACGGAUGCGUCGAGCGCGAACACGUGCGCGCGCCCCGGUUUUCCCGGAAGCGGGUGGUUGUCUGACAUCGCCGCUCCCUCCUCGCGCCAUUGAAAAGUCAGUUGAAGCUCACGCUAGCGUAUUGACUUCCACAGCAGCCGAAUCUCUACGCAGUAAAUCAUGGCCGAGCACGAACCCACCCCAGAGCAGCUAGCAGCCAUCGCUGCCGAGAACGAGGAGAGCGAGGCUGUGAACUACAAGCCGCCGGCACAGAAGACCCUGCAGGAGAUCCAGGAGCUGGACAAGGAUGACGAGAGCCUGCGCAAGUACAAAGAGGCUUUGCUCGGCUCGACCGCUGUGGCCGCAGAUCCCACCAUUCCCAACGUCCAAGUUACCCGGCUAACUUUAGUGUGCGAAACGGCCCCUGCUCCUCUGACCCUUGACCUGCAAGGAGACCUGGAGAGCUUCAAAAAGCAGUCAUUUGUUCUUAAAGAAGGAGUGGAGUACAGGAUAAAGAUCAGCUUCAAGGUAAACAAGGAGAUUGUCUCCGGUCUGAAGUAUGUACAACAAACCUUUAGGAAAGGGGUGAAGAUUGACAAGAGCGACUACAUGGUGGGCAGUUAUGGGCCUCGACCAACUGAAUACGAGUUCCUCACCCCUCUGGAGGAGGCUCCAAAGGGCAUGCUGGCCCGUGGCACCUACACCUUAAAGUCCAAGUUUACUGACGAUGACAAGCACGACCACCUUUCCUGGGAGUGGAACCUCAACAUCAAGAAGGAUUGGAAAGACUAAGUCACUCCUGAACCUCAGCUGCUUUUCCUCUCCAUCGAUUUCCAUUCUUCUUCUUCCUCCCUCUCUUUUCUCUCCAUUUCCACAUAAGUACCAUCAUUAUGGAGUAACUGGUUAAUCAACGACGUUUCUCACUCCGUCCAUCUUUCUAGCAUUUGUCAUUCUCUACAAUUGCUCCUCCCCUUCACUCCCUUCCAAUGAACGAGUAUUGAGGAUUUUCAUGAAAAAAUAUAUGUGAAAACAAACAAAUGUGCACAAUCCAAAUUUUGUGUUUUUGUUUUGUUUGUAUAUAAAAGUUAAAAAAAAAAAAAGAGAGGAAAAAAAAAUGUUCAAAAACAUGAAUGCUAUUGACAUGGCUGUUGUUAGUAAUCUUCACAUCCCCCCCAUGCUUAUCCUUCUGUGUCUUAUACCGUACCCAUGUGUGUGUGCAGAUUUCCUUACAUUCCUUAUCUCUCUAUUCAUUCUUUUUUUGUUGUUUGUUUGUUUGUUUAAAUUACCAUAAUCUGCCUUGAAAAGAAGUAAUGGGAAAUGGUGCCGCAUGACGUUUUGCCACUGGCAGAGCUAUUGACUUUCCUAAACCCCUAUACAUGUGGGAAAAUAACGUGUACCUUUUGUUUGAUAUAAUCUGUGUGCAGUGGUUGGCGUGAGUGGUUCUAGCUGACGUUGAACAUGUGUUCCUAGCAGGGAUGUUUGCAUGUGGGUAAUGUAGUGUUUCCAAAAAAAAAAAAAAAUGUAGCUGACUUUAUUGCAAACGUGACCUCCUGUCCACUGGGGGAACUCCACUGAUACAGCCUUCCUAGUGGUGGCCUGUGUGUUUUCUCUAACCCCUUAAACCCCCCCUUCUUUCUUUUUCUUUUUUAAACAUGUGGCCUUAAGAAAUUAUUCCUAUAGCACGAUGUUGAGGAAUUUUUUGCCUUUUGAAGUGUAACGGUUUUAAAAUAUUAUAAAAUCAUUCCCCCAUGGCUGGAGCAAAGGUUGCUCGCUCUGCUUCCGGCUGUUUCCACUUGGGAAGGAUCUUUUCAUCCGGGGCCUCUUCCACUUAUUUCGUUUCACUAUAAACCAACACAUGAAGGCCAGUAGAAGUAGGUGAACUCUGCUAAAAGCCAACUCAAUCGUAGUGUCCCCUGUACCUUCUCUUGUGUUAUUUGUUUCUAGAUUCUGUCAAGUCAAAUUCUCUUCCCCAAACAUGUCCAUUUCUAAAGAGGGCAAGUGCUCACUUCCUGAAACGUGCCCUUAGCAUCAUGGUCUACGCAGGUUGUCACUGAUACUAAAGUGAUUUCUCGUAGCGGAAAGGGCUGGUUUUUUUUUUGCCUGCAGACCUCAACUAUUAUAUGCUUCAGAUAAAAAUUUCAACAUCACUGGCUGUGCCUCCACUAUUUACCACCACAAGCUGCUUUAUGAAGACCUCAAACAUGAACACAAAACUCUAACCGAGGUGUGUGUGGGUAAGAUGGACAAUUUUGGUCUUGGGGUGUUCUUUCAUUCUAGAUGCAGUGUAGCCGCUUUCACCUCAAGAUUUAAUCUCGAUAGAGAAUACAUCCGAUAUCGUACACAUUUUUUCCACCGACAACAUUGCCUAUAAUGUUGCAUGGAGAUUUUUAGCACUUGCUUCUCGCUUUUGUCUGGUCUCUGUGUACUUCUGUCAUUCUAUCACUGUGGAAGGAGAUUACUGUUCAUCUGUGUCAACAUUAAAAGUGUUCAAAAUGGA